AUGGAGCCACAUCCCGAAUAUAUCGCUCCGCUAAACAUAUCUAAUGGCAAAGCUCAGUCACAGUUUCGAAAUGGAUCAUUCUCCACGCGAAUUGCAUCCAACCAACGCUUGUUCUCAGCUCUGAAAACACAGUUACGGAUGACGCCACCAUUGACGCCUCACAGUUCACGCGAGGAUAUGGUUGAUCGAAGCAAUUCAGAGAGAUCGGCAUUCCCAAAUUAUCUUCGUGCGUUCUAUCCUUUUCACCCUGGCGCUCCAAUCUCAUCUGCCACUGUGACUCUCCCGCUGGAUCAGGGCGAUCUAGUGCUUGUGCACUCUGUUCAUACCAACGGCUGGGCUGAUGGCACACUCUUGGAUACCGGCGCCAGAGGCUGGCUGCCUACAAAUUACUGUGAAGCUUAUGACCAGCAACUGAUGCGCCCGCUGCUGAAGGCCUUGAUGGAUUUUUGGGAUGUCAUCCGUGCAGGAUCAUGUGCGACUCUCCAUCAGUUUGGGAAUCAGGAUUACAUGAGAGGUAUCAUUGCUGGAGUGCGAUUCCUUUUGGAAAAAUCGGAAUGCCUGAAAAGGGAAGACGAGCUUGUUCAGAAACUUGUUGGACUCAGGCGAAAUCGGAAGGCUUUACUGUCCGAUCUCUCGUCGUUGGCAAAAAUGGCCAAGAAUCUCAGAGAUAUUGCCAAUGGUGCGCCGCUGGACGACUCGCUGGAUAGUAUCUUUGACCAGAUGCUCCUCAAGGCUUUUAAGAUAGUCACACGUGGCGUCCGAUUUUUGGAUGUGUGGAACGAAGAAGUUGGCCUAUCUCGGGUAAUGGCUGAACUUAGCCCCAGCGAUUCGAUAGCUCGCAUGUACGAUGAGCCACUCACACCACCUGUUGAAUCAUCGUUCAGCAUAUCAAGCAGCGCUUGGGGAUCGACACAAUCUAGCACCCCAGAGUCGUCCAUUAGCGCAGCUUCACGCAUGGAAACCCGAAGUCGCAUCAAUGGAUCAUUCAUCUCGCGAGCUGCUUCUCAACUCUCCUAUAACGAGCCUAACCAACGUCGCCAUUCUCCAAUUCAAACCAAACGAUCAUCCGUCUCACAUCGAAUAUCUUACACGGCCACAUCCUCUACCUCCCGAAAUCCAAACCUCGCCAGCGAAAGGCUGAACGUUGCCAUCGAUGACUUUCUCGGUGUGUUGGGCUCCUUCAUUGGUCUUCACCUCCACUCUCGAUCGUCGACGGAGCUCAUCGUGACGACGCAACAAGCUGUUCAGUCCUGUCGAGUUUUGCUAUCGGUAGUCGAAGAAGUUUGGGAGCACGACCUGCACCGUUCGGAGGCUCUGGAGGAAGCCAAAGACACGAUGUACGAGCGAAUCACAGAACUCGUUCAUGCUGCUCGAGAUGCCUUUCGACCCGCAAAUGGGAACGAGGACGAAACAAUAUUCAUGCCAGACGAGGGAAAGCGUUUAGUUGACGCUGCGACCGUCUGUGUUCGCGGAGCGGGUGACUGCGUGGCGAAGGCCCGACAGGUUCUGGAGCAAGUCGGGGAUUUCGAGAUUGAGGCCGCGGCAAUUGGCUUGGGUAUCUCGACUCCUGAUGUGGACAAGACCGACACGACAACAGACGACUUUGGAGGUGCUUUGGACACGGAGACGCCGCCGAAAACCGAGUCUUUAUCAGGCAAUGAUAACAAGUCAGAGAUAAAAGAAAGGUCAACUCGGCUCCCUCCACCACUACAAAUUCCUAGCGGCUCACUUUCGACGCUAUCAUUGACGCCUUCCCUCACAACCGAUGGUGGCACUACGCCAUCUCCAAGUUUUAUCACUACUGCCGUUGAAACACCAACCUCCACCUUAGACGAACCGUUUAGCGCUGCUCUCUCCUCAUUUUCAGACCUUAAUGACUCUCUUAUCCCCUCUACUGACCUUAAGGAGAGCCAGGACCUUGAUCUUUAUCUUCAUACAAAAUCUCAAGAACCUGAAUCACAGAAUGAACCAACUCGAGGUGUGACCAGUGCAGAGAGUGAGCGAACUUGCGUGAACAAUAUUGAUGACACUGAAACUGCUGAUGGCACGGAUGACUCGACCCGUGUUUCUACGCCGGUCGAUGAUAGCCAGCCACCUCCGCCACCCCUGAAAGACGAUGUGGCUUCUCUUCACCAUAGCGGUGGUGAAGAUGCAGAAGAAAGCGAGGAGUGCAUCCUCGAAAAGACCUACGCCCACGAGCUCAUGUUCAAGGAUGGCCAGGUCAUCGGUGGAAGCCUUCGAGCUUUGAUUGAGAAGCUUACUGCUCACGAAUCUACCCCAGACGCCAUGUUUGUCUCGACUUUCUACCUUACCUUCCGCCACUUUGCAUCCCCCGUCGAAUUUGCUGAAGCGCUGAUUGAUCGAUAUGACUAUAUUGGUGACAACUCCAAUGCCGGUGGCCCAGUUCGACUCCGGGUGUCAAAUAUAUUCAAAGGAUGGCUAGAAGCUCACUGGCGACAUGAUUGUGAUGAUGUCGCUUUACCGUGUAUCUUGAACUUCGCACGUUCGAAGCUCCUAGUCAGCUUGCCUACUGCUGGAAGGCGCCUGGUUGAACUGGUGGAAAAGGUGUCAGAUCUUCACGGCCCACUGGUUCCGAGGCUAGUCUCAUCAAUGGGGAAAACAAAUACUUCUAUUGCUCAAUAUAUCAACCCUGACCAGCCAUUACCAUCCCCUAUUAUCUCGAAGAGUCAGAUGAACUUGCUCAAGCAGUGGAGAAAUGGCGGUCAGAGUAUCACCAUUCUGGAUUUUGAUCCUAUGGAGUUAGCUCGACAACUCACCCUCAAGGAGUCAAGAAUAUUCUGCUCAAUUUUACCAGAGGAACUUCUAGGUACCGAGUGGAUGAAGAAGACUGGUUCACUGGCGGUCAACGUUCGCGCGAUGUCGACUCUCUCCACGGAUCUUGCGAAUCUUGUCGCUGAUUGCAUUUUGCAGUUGGAUGAGCCCAAAAAGCGUGCUCUUGUGAUUAAGCAAUGGGUCAAGAUCGCAUCCAAGUGCUUGGAACUUAACAACUACGACAGCUUGAUGGCAAUCAUCUGCUCUUUGAAUUCCUCGACCAUCUCGCGCCUCAAGCGAACAUGGGAACUAGUCUCCCAGAAAACUAAGAAUAUCCUUGAAACUCUCCGGGAAAUUGUCGACGUAUCUCGGAACUAUGCGGUCCUGCGACACCGUAUUCAGAAUCAUGUGCCUCCAUGUCUGCCAUUUGUGGGAACAUACUUGACAGACCUGACCUUUGUUGAUCAUGGCAAUCAAGAUACCCGUACGCUCACAGCGGAUAGCGGUUCCAUCGAGGUGAUUAACUUUGACAAGCACAUGAAAACAGCCAAGAUUAUCAGCGAACUCCAACGGUUCCAAAUUCCUUACCGCCUCACGGAAGUUCCUGAGCUUCAGACUUGGAUUCAGGAUCAAUUGGUUCGCGUGCGAUCGGCCGGCGAGAAGGGGUUCCAAAACUACUACCGACGGUCGUUAAUCCUUGAGCCACGAGAAAGAUCGACACCACGCAAUUCACCGGGAGAUGCGAACGCCUUUUCUCUCUUUUCGCGUGAAAACGCUAAGGAGAAAUUCGAUUUCUUAGCCUGGACUCAAAGCUCAAAGAUUAAGGCUGCUGUUAGCUAA